ACCAUGGCUCUAAAGCGUAUCCAAAAGGAGCUCCUGGACCUGACUCAUGACCCUCCAGCCCAGUGCUCUGCAGGCCCAGUGGGGGAAGAUCUGUUUCACUGGCAAGCGACCAUAAUGGGGCCUGAUGAUAGCCCCUACCAAGGAGGGGUCUUUUUACUGGCCAUACAUUUUCCAUCAGAUUACCCAUUCAAACCACCAAAGAUUGCAUUCACCACACGAAUUUACCAUCCAAAUAUCAACCGGAAGGGAAGCAUCUGUCUUGAUAUCCUGAGAUCUGAGUGGUCACCAGCACUGACAAUUGCUAAAGUUCUCCUAUCUAUCUGCUCCCUAUUGUGCGAUCCAAACCCAGACGACCCACUGGUUCCUGAAAUUGCAAGAGUCUACCGCAAGGACAAGAAAAAGUAUGAUAGACUGGCUCGAGAGUGGACUGAGAAAUUUGCUAUGUGA